UCAAACUGUCAGAAACUAAAAACAUCUCUUACCCGGUUAUAAUUCAACUAAAUUGUUCCUACUCUGUAUAACUAUCACCAAAAGUUAAUAUUCCCAAAAUGAUUUGUGGCUUAAAAGCCACGCUUUUAUCCCGUUCUUUAUGGCGUCUGAGGAUCACUCGGAAUUGCUCAAAGAAUAGCAAAGCGGAAAAUGCUCUCAAGCGAUUGGGCACCAGCCCCCGAAAUGUUCGGGAUCAUCCCCAGGGAUGCACACCCCAGCAUUUGAAUACAACGGCCUUUGAUUCCCCGGAUUUCAUACCCCCAUCCACCUAUCGAAUUGUUAAGGAAGAGGAGAAGCUUGGUCCUAAUGCAGGAAAGGAGGAAACCUACAAGAAUCCGGAGUACUACAGCUAUUAUCGAUACUCGUACUACGACCUCAAAACAAUAGUCGAUACCAUUAAAAAGAGACAAUCAUCUAAAAAGUAAUAAAUAGCACCAAAUUGGAAAUACAUCGAAGAAAAUUCACCUUACAAGCUAUAAUGAAAAUCAAAUUGGAGUAUGUUUAAAGGCAGCUAAGUAACUACAUUUAAAAACCUUCUACGUACAGUUAGUUUUGCUUAUUGAUAAAGCAUAUAAAUCACGGGAAAUGGUCAAACGGAUGUAGAAGCAAGAACAGCGAAUUCAUUAUGGUCAAAAAGGUAUACAAAACUGUAUACUGUGAGUUAUUGAUAUUCAUGAUGUUAAUUUAAAUAAAGAUUUUGCGUUAU